AUGGAUGGAUUUAUGAUGCUACAUAUAACAAAUUUUAUAUCUAUGGAAGUAGUAUUCUUUAGUUUGAUUUUUAAUUAAAUCUUUUAUAAACUAUUUUUGAAUAAUAACCUAAUAUUUCAUACUAAUAUUGCAAGGGUACAAAAAAAAUAAUUGUUUGUAGCAUAAAUAAAAAUAACCUAGCCAUAAUCAAUAAAAGUAUCAAUUAAAUUUCUAAACAGACAGUAAAUGUAAAUGGAUUUUAAAAUUUAUACUAAAUAUGUCUAGAUAAUCAAAAUGAAUCCAUUUUCUUAUUUGCAGAAUUAAUAUAGAUAUACAGCUAUAGUGGUUCUUACAGCACAAAAUAUAAUUUUAAUACAAAUUUUACAAGCUGCAGUUUAUAUUCAACUGCUAUUUUAUUUCAAUCUAUUAAUUGUAAGAUUUCUUAAAUUUAAAAUUUUUAAUUACUUAUUUUUUUUUUAAAUAGAUAUUUAUUUUAUUGACAGAAUAACCCAAUAGCCAUACUAGAAUUACAUAGGACCAUAGUCUAUAAGCAUAGUAAAUUUUAUUUAUAUUGAAUAUUUACAGUAAGUAGCAUUGUAUUGUGUAAAUAAUUUUUUUGCUUAGAUAUAUAUAUAUGAUACGUUAACAAUGAAAAAUAUAUAAAAUAUUAAUAAUCCAUUUUCUUAGAAUCUAUAAGGACUAGUUUUAAAAAUGGAUUUCGAUUACAAUGCUGGUAUAAUUUUUUAUUUAGAUUAAUAAGGUAAUAUUUAUUUAUAUCAUUUUGAAUAAAGUAUUUAAAUAAAAACAAAUUUUAAAAUUACUGAAAUUUAUGAUGGAAAUGAAUAACUUGUGAGUUAUUUCUUUAAUAACAUUACUAAUGAUAUGUAUGUCUAUAGCACUAAUUCUAUUUAUUACAUAGAUAAUUUCUUAUAUGCAUAUGAGUAUGAAUCUUAGAUAUCUGAGCCAGCUAAUUUAUUUGCUACCAUUCCAAUUGACAAUUAAACGAUAGAAUUCUAGUUUUUUAAUAAUGAUAAUACCAUAUUUAGAUACUCUAAAUUUAAUAUCAACUUUGUCAGUAAAUUAAAUAGUUCUUAAAUUGUGGAUUUAACAUACAGUAUUGUUGAAGAUACCCUAAUAAUAGCUUUGAAAGAUUCUAUAUUAUUUUAUUAUCAAUAUGAAAGUUCUAAUAAAGAUUUAUCUUCACCAAGCAUUUUUUCUAUUUAACAAAUUGGAUUUCAUAAAUUUUUAUCAUAAAAUGUGUAUUUAACUUAUGAAAAAUAAAUAAUUCAUUACGACAUUUAAAAAGCUAAGAUUUUAAAAAUGAUCUAAUUGGAUUAAUCAGUAAUUGUUACUUAACAUAAAUAAAAUUUAAAUCUUGAUUUAAUAUUUGUAGGGCUAAGUAAUGGCUAAGUUUUACAAUAUGACUUAAAUGUGCAGAGUUAUAAAUAUUAUAGUAUUUUAAAUUAAAAUUAAGUAUAUACUUAAAUAAUAACGAUUAUACUAGAUGAUGUUAAAUAAGUUGGAUUAUUUGUUACGAAUGGUGGAAUUGUUCUUAAAAUUGAUACUUAAAAUUAAUUAAUUUUAGAAUAAGUAAAUCUCAUAACAUUAGUAACUGAAUAAACUCAAUACUAAUUAGUAGGUUUUAAUUUUGAUAAUACUUUUUAAAGGUAUUUCUUUUUUUUUAGUGGAUAAAAAUGGGGUUAUGUUUGGAACACUUCUUCUAAUAAAUAAGAACAAUAUUUACCAUUACCCAGUUAUUAAGGUAACAAAAUUAAACUAAUACAAGAUUUCAUAAUUAUUUCCAGUUAAUUUUAAGUAAAUAUUUACUCUCUUUUAGAGGACAUUAAAUUAUUAACAGUAAUUAAAAAAGAUUACUAACAUGACUAAAUAACAGAUUAUAUACUAGCUAAUAAAAAUGUUAUAAUAAUAUUUUUCAUAUACAAGUAUGAAGUGUUUUUAAUAUAAGAUAAUACAAACAUCCUUAUAUCAUAAUAAUAGUAUAAUUAUCCUCGACUUUUAGGAUAUAUUUUAUAAUAAAAUGGUUUUUUAAAAAUCUAUGGUUUACAUUAAACUGGAGUUUUUGAAAAUAAUUAUAGUCUAAAUAUAUAUUAAGAUAAUUCUAUAUCUAGAUGCUCUAUUUCUAUUUCAGGAAAUGAUAUUUAAGAGAUAAAGUAAAAAAUUAGCAAUAUUUAACCAAAACAAACUUUAAUUAAUACGUAAACAGGUUAAUCUACCUAAAACUAAUAAUAAUGGACAAAUUUAAUAUAUUUACAAAUCAGUGAUAACUAGUUUAGUAAUAUUAAUUAAUUUAUUUCUUAGAGUAAUUAAGUCAAUUCUUAAUUCAUUUUACAUUCAGCUGAUGAUAAUACUAGAAACCUCUCAAUUUCUAACAAUACAUUCUAAUCAUAUUAAAAACCAGUUUUUUAAAUAAAUGAUUAUGAUUUUUAGUUUAUAAACUCUACAUAUGGAGUAAUAACUACUUUUAAUUAGAAUACUUAAUAAAUUUAAUUGCAGAAUGUAAGUAUAUCUAAUUAAUGCAUAGAUAAUUCACAGAUAUUAAUAUAAAAUGUGACUCAAGUUAUUAUUAAUUUCCUGAAAAUUUCAUAAUUAAAAAUAUGCAGUUAAUCAAAUGAUUAGCAAUAAUAAAACCUUUUGAAAUUUAUGAAUAUUUCUCGAGUGUACAUAUAUAAUUUAGAAAUAUCAUCAAACAAUUUUGAGUAAAAUUUUUCAAUGAACAUUUUUAAUUUCUCAAGUAUACAAACUAUUCUUAUUGACAAAGUUCAAAUUCAAAACAAUACUAAUUUGAGUUAAUUUUUUACUUUCACUAAAGUUAACAACAUAACAAUAUCAAAUAUUAACAUUACAGCUAAUUAAAAUAAAUAGAAUAACUAAUAAUAAUAAAAUAAUUAAAGAUAAUUAAAUUAAGAAAUAACUAUUAAUGAUGCAUCAUCAGCUUUAAAUUUCUUUGGAUGCUAAUAUUUGCUAUUGAAUAAUUUAUACUUCAGUUCUAAUCUAAAUAUCUAAUUAGUUUAAUCAAAAAAUCAAUGUGUUGUUGACAAUAUACUUACAGUACUUUAUAAUGACGAAAUUUAGAUAUUAGAUAGCUAUAUUAUAUCUAAUUAAAUACAAAAUAAUAACCUUUUCUACAUUUAAAAUUCAAUCAUCACAAAAAAAAAUAUUAACUAUAAAAGUAACCAAGGUUGCUUCUCAAUAACUUAAUCUUAAUAUGUGUAUAUUUAUCAAAGCACAUUUGAAAACAAUAUAUCCUAAAAUGGUGGAGCUAUUUAUUUCUAAAAUAUACAAUACUUAAUAGAAAUUUCUUAGACUAGGUUUGAAGGAAAUACUGCGCUUAGUAGCGGUGGAGCUUUAUAUUUCUAAAAUAUUGCAAAUUGCUCAGUUAACUUUGAUUAAUCUACCUUAAUAAUAAGAAAUAGAGCCUUAAUAGGUGGAGGUUUAAGAAUAGUAUCAACUGAUAAUAAUAUUUAAUUGCCUAUUAAAUACCCUUUUUAUUAAAAUGCUAUAAAUAAUACUGCAGAGUUGUAUGGUGAUAAUUCUGCUAGUUAUCUAUAAUAAAUUUUAAUAUAGAAUGAUUAAAUUUAGAGUUUUAAUAAUUAUGAAUUAAAUUAUAUUUAGAAUAAAUCGUAUUAUUCCACUAAUCACUUCACAUUUUAAUUUUAAUCAAUUGCUCAAGUUAAUAAUUUUUAAAGUGGCGGCUAACUAGACUUGAAAAUCUAUAUCAUUGAUAAUUACAAGCGAUAACUUUCAUUUAAAUUAUAAAAAUUAUUGAAUUAAGAAUACCCUCUUGAUAUUGAAAAUGAACUAAAAAGUAUAUAAAUUUCAAUCAAUAACUUUGAUACAACAUAAACUUAACUGAUUGGAGAAAAGAUAUUAAACUACAAUUAAUAUAAUAGUAGUAGUUAAGCAUUCUAACUAACAGGAUUACAAAUAUAAGGAGUAUUAUAGACAGAAUAAUAUUUAUAAAUUGAUUCAAGCAUUUACUUACAAUCACAAUAACAGUAAUCCAUUUUGCUAAUAAUUAAUUUUAGAAAAUGCGAAAUAGGAGAAAUUAUCCAAUAACAAACUUAAAAAAUUAAUACUUGUAAGUAGUGCUCUGAAGGGACUUAUUAAUUAGCUGAUCCACAAUCUUUAUUGUUGUCUGAAUAAAAUAAUUAAUCAGGUUAGAAAAAUGAAUGUAGUUCUUGUCCUUUAUCAGCAAUCAAAUGUCAAGGUUCAAGUAUUUAGCUUAAAAAUGGGUAUUGGAGAAAAAAUAAUUUUACAGAUGAGAUUUUAUAAUGUAAUUCUAAUGUUGGAUCUUGCCAAGCAGAAAAUCCUGAAAGCAUAAACUACUGCUCUGUUGGGUAUAUAGGACCAUUAUGCCAAGAAUGUGAUACUUUAGGAGAAAUUUGGAGUGGUAACCGCUUCUCUGAGGCAUUUGCAAAAGGUAUAUGCUAAGAAUGCUAUGAAAUAUAAAUUUAGUGGGUAUAUCUUGUGCUAAAAUUUUUAGGUUUGAUAAUAUAUUUUUUAUACACAACAUUUAUUUUUAUGAAAUAGUUUAAAUAUUCUUAAAUAUGCUAUUACUUAAGGAUCAUUUAGCUUUUACCGAUCUCAAAGAACUCUCUUUAAGAUUAAUCUGGGUUCUAUCUAAAAAUAAUUAUAAAUUAUUACUAAUUAUCUUCACUUUUGAUACCUUAACCAUUAAUAUUAGGUGUAAACAUAAAUUUCUUAAAUAACAUUUUUGGAUAAGCAAAUAGAUAGUUAAGCCUUGGAAUAGAUUGUAUGGUAGAUUCAGGCCUUAUAAGAUAUUAUGGAAAAAUUGUAUUUUAUUCUUUAGUUUAGUUCUUUAUUCCUUUGAUUUUGUUCAUUAUGAUUUUAUUGAUAAUUAAAUUACUUUAAUUUAAAUUUAAAAAAAUCAUAAAAAAUUGCUAUUACUUUACUUUCUUCCACAUAUUUUUGGCUUAUUUUUAGAUAAGUCAAAUAUCUUAUUUUAGUAAAUCUUUGACUUGCUAAUCCAUAGGUAACGAAUAAUUUAAUCCAUAUGAUUUAACAAAGAAUUGUAAUGACAGAGAUUUAAUAAAAUUUAUAUUUCCUUAUUCUAUUAUUAUCUUAUCUUUCUGGAGCAUUUUACCUUUAAUUUUAUUGCUGAAACUGAAGAAAAGAAAAGACCAUCUUAAUUAUUGUAAAACUAAAUACAAUUAUGGUUAUUAUUACAUUGAAUUAAAAAAUGAAUUUUAUUAUUGGGAAUUUGUUAGAAUAUACUUGAAAAUAACACUGAUCUAUAUUUAAACUCUUCUUUAGUAAGAUUAUUAAAUUAUAUCUGCCAGCUCUUCUUUGAUUUUGAUUGCUCUGUACAUAUAUACGGUCAAGUUGAUUGACCCUUUUAUAUCUAAAAAAAUGCUCUUUAGUGAAACAUUAGCUUGUUUUUUAAUCAGUUUUAAAAUUUACUUAUCUUUAAUUUAAUUUGAUAACUAAAAUAGUUAAAUAGCAAUAGAAGUAUUAAUAGUUGCUAUCGAUUUCUUUUUUUUCAUUUACUGCAGUAUAAUAGUUAUCAUUUUCAAAGCUAAUAAUUAAAGUACAAUCGUUAGUAAAUUAUCAAGAAUAAUAUUAAAGCUACUCUUACCUUAAAAAAUAUAUAUACAAUUAUUAAAAUAAGGAAUAAGUUUUAAAACUUACCUUCGAUGGAAAUUUGUUUUCAAAAAUAUUUCUAAAAUAAUUGAAAGUAAAGCUUAACAAAAUAUACUCUAAAUAACAACAUCAAAACACUUACUUUAGUUAUCACCAAGUUCUUAGUUUUCUCCAAGUUCUUAAUUAUCUUAGAAUGAAUCAACAAAAUUUCAACUGUAAAGAAAAUUUAAUUUAAAGACAGAUAUAGUAAUCGAAAAUAGUUUAUAAAAGGCAUCUAAUUUUAGAUUGCUGAAACUAUAAAAUUAAGUAUACGAUUAAGAUACAGACAAUUUAGAAUAUACAGAAUACUCUUAGAAUACAGAAGAAAAAGAUCCUAAGAAAACUUUGAUUUAUAGUUUUUCACCUAAAUAAAGUAUUUUAAGUCAAAGUAUAAAAGAUUCUGAUUUAUAAAAAGAAAUUAUUUUCAAGUGA